AUGGCGCAGGACAGCGAGAAGCCCACCGCCGCCGACAAGGGCAAGGGCAAGGCCGUGGAGGACAACAAGAAGGACAAGGCUCAGCCGAACGGCAAGAAGGAGGAUGAGAAGAUUGUCGAUUCCGCAGAAGAGCUCAGCGAAGAGGACCAGCAGCUCAAGAACGAGCUGGAUAUGCUCGUUGAGCGCCUGACGGAAUCCGAUGCUUCCCUCUACAAGCCGGCCCUGGAGGCCAUGAAGAACUUCAUCAAGACGUCGACCUCGUCGAUGACGGCCGUGCCGAAGCCCCUCAAGUUCCUUAGACCACACUACGAGACGAUGACAAAACUGUACGAGGACUGGCCAGAGGGCGACAACAAGGUUUCUCUCGCAGAUGUUUUGUCGGUAAUUGGUAUGACGUAUUCGGAUGAGGACCGACAGGACACCCUCAAGUACCGCCUGCUCGCACCGUCAUCCGACAUUGGCUCGUGGGGUCACGAAUACACCCGGCAUUUGGCGUUGGAGAUUGGCGAGGUCUACGGCAAGAGGAUAAACGCCGACGAGCCCACGAAGGACUUGGUGGACUUGGCCCUCAUCCUCAUUCCCUUGUUCCUACAGAGCAACGCGGAGGCCGAUGCCGUGGACCUGAUGAGCGAACUCGAGAUCAUCGACCAGAUCCCCAACUACCUCGACAAGGACACCUACGGCCGCGUCUGCCUGUACAUGGUCAGCAUGGUCAACCUCCUGACGUACCCCGACAACGAACUCUUCCUCAAGACCGCCCACGACAUCUACCUGAAGUACAAGGAGUACACCUUGGCAAUGACGCUGGCCAUCCGGUUGAAUGACGUUGACCUGAUCAAGGACGACUUCGAGAAGGCGGGCGACCCUGCCCUCAAGAAGCAGCUUGCCUUCUUGAUUGCACGCCAACGAAUCGCUAUGGACGUACAGACCGAUGACGGCGACAACGCCAUUGUGGAGUGCCUGUCCAAUCUUAAGUUGUCGGACCACUUCAAGUCGCUGGGCAAGGAGCUCAACAUCCUUGACCCCAAGACAACAGAGGACAUCUACAAGAGCCACCUCGAGAGCAGCCGUGUGGCGGGCAUGACCAACUUGGACUCUGCGCGUCACAACCUUGCCGCUGCCUUUGUGAACGCCUUCGUCAACGCUGGCUUUGGUAACGACAAGAUGAUGCUCGUUGAGCACGACAAGGAGAGCUGGGUGUGGAAGACCAAGGGUGACGGCAUGAUGUCAACCGUGGCGUCGCUGGGUACCCUGCUGCUGUGGGAUGUGGAGGCUGGACUGGAUAAGAUUGACAAGUACACUUACGCGGCGGAACCUGAGAUCUUGGCCGGUUCGAUGCUUGCUAUUGGCAUCAUGAACUCCGGUGCUCAUGUCGACUCGGAACCUGCCCUGGCCCUGCUGGGUGAUGAGGACAAGCUCCACCAUAAGAACCCGCUUGUCCGAACUGCCAGUAUCAUGGGUCUCGGUCUCUCCUACGCAGGCUCCAACAACGAGACUCUUCUGGAGCUUCUCCUUCCCAUCAUUACCGACUCUUCCCAGGACAUGCAGAUUUCCGCCAUGGCUGCGUUGUCGUGUGGUCUGAUCUUUACCGGCUCCUCCAGCCCCGAAGUCAGCGAGGCGAUCGUCACAACUCUGCUCGAUGACGAGCGCAAGAACCAGCUCACCGACAAGUGGACUCGCUUCCUUGCUCUCGGUCUUGGUCUGCUCUUCUUCGGCCGCCAAGAGGAGGUUGACGUUAUUCUUGAGACUCUCAAGGCCGUCGACCACCCGAUGGCGAAGCCCACCGCAGUGUUGGCCGAGAUCUGCGCUUGGGCGGGUACUGGUGCCGUCUUGAAGAUCCAGGAGCUCCUGCACAUCUGCAACGAGCACAUUGAGGAUUCAGAUGAGAAGAAGGGCGAUGAGCUUCUUCAGUCUUAUGCUGUUCUCGGUAUCGCUCUGGUGGCCAUGGGCGAAGACGUUGGCCAGGAGAUGGUCUUGCGCCAGUUCGGUCAUCUCAUGCACUACGGCGAGCCCAACAUCAGGAGGGCAGUUCCCCUGGCCAUGGGUCUCAUCAGCCCCAGUAACCCCCAGAUGAAGGUCUACGACACGCUCUCAAGAUACAGUCACGACAACGACAACGACGUCGCGAUCAACGCCAUCUUCGCCAUGGGUCUGUUGGGUGCCGGUACCAACAACGCCAGACUGGCUCAGCUGCUCCGUCAACUGGCCAGCUUCUACCACCGCGACCAGGAGUCUCUGUUCAUGGUGCGCAUCGCACAGGGUCUGCUGCACAUGGGCAAGGGAACCAUGACUGUCAACCCCUUCCACACGGACCGCAACGUCCUCUCGCGCGUGUCGGCGGCAGGCUUGCUCUCAGUGUUGGUCGCCAUGAUCGACGCCAAGCAGUUCAUCACAUCGAACUCUCACUACCUGCUUUACUUCCUGGUGACGGCGAUGCACCCCCGCUUCCUGGUCACUUUGGACGAGGACCUCAAGCCCCUCAAGGUCAACGUGCGCGUUGGUCAGGCAGUGGACGUUGUCGGCCAGGCGGGUCGGCCCAAGACUAUUACCGGCUGGCAAACACAAAGCACGCCGGUCGUCCUGGCCUACGGCGAGCGUGCUGAGCUGGAAGACGAGCAGUACAUCAGCUUGAACAGCACACUAGAGGGACUGGUUAUUCUCAAGAAGAACCCCGAUUGGGAGGAGGACAAAUAG